AUGAGGGACCUUGUCAAAGAACAGCUACACCCGAAUAAACUUUCUGGUCUAUCUAUCGAUCUAUCUUUUCUAUCUAUCUAUCUAGCUAUCAUAUACUUUUCUUAUAUGCCUAUCUAUCAAUUUAUCCCAUUCUGUUCAUAUCUAUCUAUCUAUCUAUCUAUCUAUCUAUCUAUCUAUCUAUCUAUCUAUCUAUCUAUCUAUCUAUCUAUCUAUUCUGUUGCUCUCUCUCUUUCUCUCUCUCCCUAUCUAUCUAUCUAUCUAUCUAUCUGUCUCGGUAUGUUCAUCUAUCUAUCUAUCUAUCUAUCUAUUCUGUUGCUCUCUCUCUCUUUCUCUCUCUCUCUCUCUAUCUAUCUAUCUAUCUGUCUCGGUAUGUUCAUCUAUCUAUCUAUCUAUCUAUCUAUCUAUCUAUCUAUCUAUCUAUCUAUUCUGUUCAUCUCUCUCUCUCUUUCUCUAUCUAUCUAUCUAUCUCUCUCUCUAUCUAUCUAUCUACCUGUCUAUCUCGGUAUGUUCAUCUAUCUAUCUAUCUAUCUAUCUAUCUAUCUAUCUAUCUAUCUAUCUAUCUAA